UGUAGGAAGGUGUGCCAAGCAGACAGCAGGAUGAACUUUUCUUUGCUCUGAUCCACUUCAGGGAUUUGAAUUCGUGCUCCUAAGAUCAUGGAGCCCGUAACGUCUUGGAGCAACGAGAGAGUCACCGAGUGGCUCAAAGGUCUGGAUGCUCCUCUACAACAGUACUCGUUCUCUGAAUGGCACCUCUCUGGCUCAGAUCUGCUGCAUCUUUCAUCUACCAAACUGGAGAAACUUGGAGUGCAUAAAAUCGGACAUCAGGAACUUAUACUGGAGGCUGUGGAAAAACUCUGUGCUUUGACGUACAGUGUUGGGGGUGACAAUCUGCGCAGUUUGACAGAGAAACUGCGUGCAGUGGCUCACACUCAGCAGAUGAGCAUACAGGGGCGCUGGCGUGUCAAUACCAAUGAUGGACAGAGCGCCACCAAGCUGUCACAACAGGUGCUGCAAGCGGUGGUGGAUGUGAUCACAGCAUCCAAUGGACUUGUGUCUUUGCUGAAUAGGUAUCAAUUUGCACAGCAGACUGGAUACACAGCAAAUGAGAAAGUUGCCACUCUGUGUAAAGAUCUGGACAUUACAGUGCAUAAGGAAACCGCCGUGUUUGAAAAGGAGAAGGACAUUAUAUCUAUAUGUCGUCAGUUGGUAGCAGUGUGUGAUGAGAUUUUGACCAUUACUCCGUUGCCUCUUCUUACCCAUACUGCCCAGCUGGAGAGUGUUGACCUGGUCCCAGCUUCACCAGGAGAUCAAGUGGGAAUUGAGAUCACCACCUCAGGAUCCAGAAAUCAUUUUGUCACUGGAACAGCAGCAGAGUCUCCUACAGAGAUCUGUGAGAAGAUUUUAGCGGGAGAUGAAGUCAUUCAGGUCAACGGACAGAUAGUGGUUGGCUGGAGCCGGACAAACCUUGUUCAAAAACUGGAGGAAAAUCCAAAUGGAGUCACUCUGGUUUUGAGGAGGCUUCCAGGGUUCCUGAAACGCAAGGAGAGCCGAGCCAAGUCUGAGAGAGAGGAGGAAGAGGAAGAGAAAAACAGACAUUCUCUUUUGGGCAGGGUGGCAGCUUCAGUCCGCUCUCUGUCCUUCAGUGAGGACAUGCGUGCGAUCCACUAUCUCAGAUCAGCAUCAGACGGCACACAUCAGUUCAGACGGGAGAAAUCAGCGCUCUCUAGUGAACAAAGCUCUAAUGAACAUCAGCCAAACACCUUAAAGCCAGGGGCAGAUUCUCUGCGUGCAAGUCGAAAGAGUUUGGAAAUAGGUUCAUCUGCAGAAAGGAGUCCGUCCCCACAAAGCUCAGAGCUCAACCGAGCCAGCACAAGCUCCUGUCCUGACAUGGCAGGACUAAGAGAGGAAAAGGAGAACAAAAAGAGCUCUACUAAAGGAACACGGACAGCGUUGAGCCGGAGGAGGGUGUCCUGUCGUGAACUUGGCCGCCCAGACUGUGACGGAUGGCUCUGGAAGAAAAGAAAAGAUACAAAUGUCUUCAUGACUCAGAAAUGGCAGAGAUUUUGGUUUGUCCUGAAAGGUCCUACACUGUAUUGGUAUACCAGCCAACAGGAGGAGAAGGCGGAGGGCUUAAUCAAGAUCGGCAGCUACAAUAUAGAGAGCGCAGGAGAACACAAGAGGAAGUAUGUAUUUAAAAUGUGCCACCAGCGCUUCCAGAAUUUUUUCUUCGCUGCUGAUAAUGUAACCGACAUGAGCAAGUGAGUGCGGCUGCAUGUAAACAAGCAUUUUCUCUACCGCUGCAUCCAAACGACAGUCAUUCAUGACUUCAUAGCUUAGAGAGCAUUUUGUAAAAGUCACUGAGUAGCGAAAUGUCACAAUGAUUAGAUCUUGCUGCGCAGUUUCUCUUCAUGUGCAAAUGAUUAUGCUUUGACCUUUGAAUUUAAAUAUAUGUGUUAGAUGCAAUGACAUUGUAUUUUUAAAGGUGGAGUGUGUGAUGUGAAGGUACUUUUUUAAAGUUUAGUCUGCAUAGCCAACCAUAAGCAAUUCACAGGUUGACUUCACAAAUAGUGCAAAUACUGUGUGGGAGAGUUUAGAA